AUGCUCGGAUGGUUAGCAAACGCCGGGCGCGGGGAGGGUAUCGAUGGCCCUGAGACCCCGGCCCCUGUAUUUGCCUACAAAGCUUUCAAAAACGCUGUCCUUGGUACUCCAGGUGACGUAGAUGCGGAUAGGGAGCUUACUAUUCCCAUAAAAUCCCUCAAUAGCACUUAUCAACGAAGUGAUGGACUCAUGAAAAAACUCGAGCAAGCCAGACUUGAAGAAAAGGGAAAAGCGCAACCCCAAGGGCCCUUACCGCUACCAAAAGAACCCACACAAUUCAUGCCCUCGCCCACGAAGAGUAUCCUCGUUACGCCAGGAGCGGCGGCCGGCCGAAGGAAGACAGUCUCGUUUGGUGAGGGUGUUAUCGAUAACGAGCGUAGGCGAUCAACCUUCGAAGCGAGUUCAAAGAAAGACUUGCUUUCUGGCAAUAUUAGCCGACAUUGGCCAGCUCCGACCUCAGACCCGUCGAAAAGGAUUCGAGGCAAAUCAGCCCAGUCUCCGUUCAACGGGCAUAAAACCACACAAGACGAUGAGCUCUUUAAUAUUGUGGGUGAGAAGAAAGUUCCUCCUGUUGAUGCUUCUGCUCAAUCCACCACGCCUCCCACCCAAAAUCCGACAGAAGACGCCGAAGAUGACUCCACGACGAAUUUAAACGAACCUCACUCACAAUCAGGCAAAUACUGGAAAGCUGAAUACGAGAGCUACAGAACUAAAUCGGAUCGCGAAAUAAAGAAACUCAUUGAAUAUCGGAGAUUAACUAGAUCAUUUGCACGGAAAAAAGAUGAACAAGUCAUUCGUCUAACAGAUAAACUGAAGCAGGAAGAGGAAAAGCUCAAAGAAAUGGAAAGCUGCCUCGCGGGACUGGCCUCCAGAAUGGCCGACAAGAUCAAUACCGGAGAGCCAAAGAAUGAAGACAUGGUUAAGGAGCUUUCUCAGCAAACAGCGUUAACAUUGAAGCAUAAGCACAAAGCUGCCAGUUUUCGAAAGGCGCUUGAAAAGCAUGGAGUUCUGGACAGCGACGAGAGCUCUCUAGACGAUGAGUCGAAACACGACGCUUUGGUUCAGAAGCUUCGGAGAGCCCAAGAAGAAUUAGAUCAAGCGAAUACUCAGUUGAAAGCGGAAGAGAAAUCGAAAGAUUUUAUGAAUCUACAGGCGUUAGCCCAGGAGUCUGAACGUAAAGCCAAAGAACUCGAAAGCGAAAAUCUAUCAUUAAAACGCGAGCUCGCGAAGAUCAAAAAGGAGAUCUCCGGCUACGAAGACAGACGAAAAGCGAACGAAGGAAGACUGAAGCGAAAACAAGAAACUCUUGAAUCCCGAGUUAAAGAGUAUAGUGAGCGGCUUAGAGAUUCGUCAAAAGCACACCACGAAGCAGAGAGCGCCUUAAAAAAGACGUUUGACGCAGAAAAGCGAGAAAUGCAAGAAGUCAUUGAAUCGCUUAGAGCAAAAGUAGCCAAUGCUGAGAAAACCAGUUCUACAAGAGAAUUAUCCCCCAAAAAACGACAAGUUGAUGUCCUGCUUGAUCAGGAGCACGAAUCCAUCAGCUACAGCGGACACAGGCGCGAAAGCAAAGCAGGUCUCUAUGCCGAAAGGGGAAGAAGUACACAGAAACAAACACGCAAACCAAUGGACCAGGCUUCGAUGCCAAACGCGUCGCAAAAAGACCCGCAGCUAUCUUCCAUGCAUGAGCCGGACGGCCGCGCGACUACACCGGUUUUGCUUGAUUCAAACUACGGCUUGCCGUCACCGAAUACUAUCAGACGCCGCCAAAACAACCUAGAUCUCAUAACAUCUGCAAGACUGCUUCAAUCCCAACGUUCCCGUUCUGUAUCACCUAAAAAGUCUAUGGCUCGGGAAGACUAUUUGCCUGCUGCUCUCUCUUCCAGGCCCUCGAUGGAACUUUCUCGAGAUAGGAAGACCACUCCUUCACAACUUCGCCAAACCAAAUUUCCAGAAAGCAGGUUCUCAAGGCAAACUACCAGCAAACCUUUGGCUUUGAACCGGCAAUUGUCCCUUGCCUCAGACAAUCAUUUGUCUGCGAGUGCUGCAGCUGCAGAGCUAAAAGCUUCCUCUCCCGAACGGUUUGCAGCCGCAAAGGCACGCCUUCAGCGGAGCGGCAAUGAUGAUGGAAACAAAGUUAGACCCCAGGGCAAGGAGAACAUGUGGACUGCAGUCUAA